AUGGGAACAACUGAGAAAGCAGUGAUUUAUCGAAGAAAUGAACCUGGAACAAAACGAGAAGAAUGGUUUAAUUGGCCUGAUUUGCCUUUUGAUGAAAUGGAUAGUUCAUUAAAUACACAGCAAUAUAUACAGCAAUGUAUACAUGCUGAUCCAUCAGAUAUCGAUAAAAUUUUAAAAGCACCACCGGGACAAGAAGAAGGUGUUUGGAAAUACGAACACGUUAGGCAGUUCUGUAUGCAACUGAAUGGUUUGGCUCUAUUAUUACAAGAUGAAUGUAAACCAGAUACGUGUGUGCAGAUGACAGCUACUGAACAAUGGAUAUUUUUAUGUGCAGCUCAUAAAAAUCCGAAAGAGUGUUCUGCGAUUGAUUAUACGCGUCAUACACUUGAUGGAGCAUCAGCACUUUUAAACAGUAAUAAAUAUUUUCCUAGUCGAGUUUCAAUCAAAGAAUCUUCAAUAGCAAAGAUUGGUUCGGUAUGUCGACGUAUUUAUCGUAUUUUUUCACAUGCGUAUUUUCACCAUCGAGAACUUUUCGAUAAAUUCGAGGCUGAAACUCAUCUCUGUCGUCGUUUUACCACUUUUGUUAAAAAGUACAACUUAAUGGCUACUGAACACUUAAUUGUUCCCAUCGGCAAUGAAUGA